CAGCGAGCGAGCCCAACAUGACGGCGAGACCACAGCAGCCAUUAACACAACACCGACCUCCACGGCACUCUAGGACCGUUUCAUGAGAAAACCGUGUCGAUAACUGUGUCAUUACCACCAGUCUCUUCAACAUCUGGACACCGGGGUGCGAGCUGGUGCUGCCAGUCCGUGAUGGGCUGCAUCAGGGUUUAUCUGCACAAUAUGAGACGCAGGAUGAAGCUGGACCGGGCCAGAGAGCUGGGCCGACAAUAUCCAGUCUUCUGCUUUCUGCUGCUGCUUUUACUUCUGUCUACUGUGCUUUUAAACAGAUAUAUUCACAUUAUGAUGGUGUUUUGGUCCUUUCUGGCUGGAGUUGCCACUUUCUACUGCUCAUUGGGGCCCGGGUCUCUACUUCCCAACAUCUUCGUUUCCAUUAAACCAAAAACCAAGUCGUUCCAGCAGGAGCUGUUUCCGUUGGGUCACAGUUGUGCCGUUUGUGGAAAAACUAAAUGCAAAAGGCACAGACCGACUUUGUUGCUGGAAAACUAUCAGCCAUGGCUUCACCUGGAAGUUCCUUCUAAGGUGGAUGCUUCUCUGUCAGAGAUUUUGGAACUUGUUCUGGAGAAUUUUGUAUAUCCUUGGUAUAGAGACAUCACUGAUGACGAGGCCUUUGUAGAUGAGCUGAGGGUGACUUUGCGCUUCUUUGCGGCUGUUUUGGUCCGCAGAAUCCAGAAGGUGGAUGUGGCGUCACUCAUCACACAAAAGCUCCUUAAGGUUUCAAUGAAACACAUUGAAAUAAUUAGUAAAGCGAGGCAGAAAGUAAAGAAUACAGAGUGUCUUCAGCAAGCUGCCCUGGAUGAAUAUGGACCUGAUCUCCACAUGGCCCUUCGUAGCCGCAGAGAUGAGCUUCUCUACCUCAGGAAGCUAACUGAGAUGCUUUUCCCUUACAUCCUGCCACCCAAGGCUACAGAUUGCAGAUCUCUUACUCUCCUGAUAAGAGAAGUCUUGGCUGGUUCUGUCUUCCUUCCUUCAAUGGACUACUUGGCUGAUCCUGACACAGUGAAUCAUUUAAUUUUGAUAUUCAUUGACAAUUCCUUUCCUGAAGAAGCCACAGAGCCCAUGUCAACAUUGGUGCCAUUUCUGCAAAAAUACUCUGAUAUUCGCAACAAAAAGCCUACAGUUCUGAAGCUGGAUUUAAAGGAAAUCAGAGAACAGCAGGAUCUUCUGUUUCGUUUUAUGAACUUCCUGAAGCAAGAAGGAGCCGUCCACGUGCUCCAGUUCUGUCUUACAGUCGAGGAAUUCAACGACAGGAUUUUGUGCCCAGAGCUGUCCGACUCAGAAAAGGUGCUGCUUCACGAGGAGGUGAAGAAGAUCUACGAGACUUACUGCUUGGAUGAGAGCAUCGACAAGAUCCGCUUCGAUCCCUUUAUAGUGGAAGAAAUAAGAAACAUUGCUGAAGGGCCGUAUGCAGAGGUGGUGAAGCUGCAGACCAUGAGGUGCUUGUUUGAAGCCUACGAGCACGUCCUGUCACUCCUGGAGAAUGUUUUCACACCCAUGUUCUGUCACAGCGACGAGUACUUUCGCCAGCUUCUGAGGGGAGCAGAGUCUCCCGCCAGGAAUUCCAGGAUGAGCAGAAAUAGCCUCAGUUUGGAUGACAUUCGUUCCUGGGACUGGAGCCCCGACUCCCUGUCCUCACUCUUCACCGCCUCUGGCAGCUCUUCACCUGCAUCUUUUAACUCCCUUCAUGCCCAGUCCACGUUCACAAAUUUCCCAUACGGCUCGCUAUCCCACCGCCACUCAUCGCCCAAGAGCACGUCAAAGAGGGGCGAGUCCUUUGGGAUCAGCCGCAUCGGCAGCAAGAUCAAGGGAGUGUUCAAGAGCACAACCAUGGAGGGAGCCAUGCUGCCUUCGUACGGGCUCGUAGAAGGAGAGGAUGAUGUGGUGGAGGAAGCUAUGAUGGUGCUGGAGGAUGACUCUCCCAUGGAGGCCGCCUCCACGCCUAGCACCCCCAGAAAUCUCUCAGCCUGGAAUAUUUCCAUCCCGUACAUCGAUUUCUACGACGAUGACGUAAAGCGGGAGAGAAUCCCUGUUUUCUGCAUUGACGUUGAGCGCAACGACCGGAAAGCAGUGGGACAUGAGACUGAACAAUGGUCUGUUUACAGAAGAUAUCUGGAGUUUUAUGUCCUCGAAUCGAAGCUCACCGAGUUUCACGGCUCAUUUCCAGAUGCGCAGUUGCCCUCCAAGAGAAUAAUUGGGCCCAAGAAUUAUGAGUUUCUAACGUCCAAGCGGGAGGAGUUUCAAGAGUACCUUCAGAAACUCCUGCAGCACCCUGAGCUGAGCAAUAGUCAGCUCCUGGCCGACUUCCUGUCUCCUCACAGCAUGGAGUCUCAGUUUCUGGACAAGAUGCUACCUGACGUGAACCUCGGGAAAAUCAUUAAGUCAGUGCCCAGCAAACUGAUAAAAGAGAAGGGGCAGCACCUGGAGCCUUUCAUCCAGUCCUACUUCAACUCCUGCGAGUCUCCCAAACCCAAACCCAGCCGCCCUGAGCUCACCAUUCUGAGCCCAACCUCAGAAAACGAUAAGAAGCUUUUCAACGACCUCUUCAAAAACAACGCCAACCGAUCAGAGAUGACAGAGAAGAGACACAACCAGAACUACUUCAUGGAAAUGAUGACGGUUGAAGGGGUGUAUGACUACCUCAUGUAUGUGGGCCGAGUCGUCUUUCACAUUCCUGACUGGUUGCACCAUCUGCUGAUGGGUGGGAGGAUCCUUUUCAAGAACACGCUGGAGGCCUACACAGACUUUUACCUUCACAGCAAACUGAAUCAGGUGGUUCAGGAGCACCGACUGGUCUCACUCAUCACGCUGCUUAGAGACACAGUUUUCUGCGAGAGCAGCCCACCUCGCUCACACCAGGAUAAACAGAGACGAGCAAAGAGGACGUUUGAGGAGAUGAUGAGCUAUAUUCCAGAUUUUCUGGGGAAAUGCAUCGGGGAAGAGGCCAGGUAUGAAGGCGUGCGUCUUCUCUUCGAUGGACUGCAGCAGCCGGUUCUCAACAAGCAGCUGACAUAUGUGCUGCUAGACAUCACCAUUCAAGAACUUUUUCCUGAUCUAAACAAGGUGCAGAAGGAGACCUCUGCGUUGGCUCUGUGGAUGUAAAACAAACGAGCUGUACGCAUGAGCGACCACGCUGCUCAGGCAUGACUUUAUCCUUCAACCGGAAAAUAAAGCCCUGCCAUUAACCUGCACUUUUGAUCGUCUGAUCACAGGUGGAAAGCAUGAAAUCAUUAGAUCGAUCCUGGACUUAAAAUGUGUCUCUUCAUGCAUGUACCAUGACCAUUGGUGGUGAGGUCUCACCUCCCUGCUUUUAUAUGUACAUAAACAUAGAGGCCACCUCACACUCCACUGUGGACUUCAAGGAAGACAUCAGUAGUUAGUCAACUAACAUUUUAGCAGAAUCCUAAAUUGCAUUCUUUUACCUGAAUCCUUUCAAAGACAGCUUAAAUCUUGAACAUUUCAGAUCUUUGUCACUCUCAUUAACAGUUAUAUUUUUAUUUCUGUGUUAUGAAAUAGAUGUAAAAGGUGCAAAAAAACAUAAAAUAUGAGCACAACUUGGCAUGUUUUUAAUAGAAGACAUUAUAUGCACAUGAAAACUCAGCCUUUAAAUGUCUUUCGGUGUGGUUCAGGAUACAUUUGAAUGUACAUUUGCACCCACAUGCAUGUAAACACCUUUGGAUGGAGUCUGAGGGAUGGAAUCUCAAUGUUUGCUCAAUGCACUUUAAGGAUGUUAAAUGUAAACAGGACAGAAGGGUGACUGAUUAUGCUGCUGCUUCUGCAACACGGGGACACAUGGCUUCGUCUGGUGCACAUGUAAUUGUUUGUAAAUGAAAUAAUGUCAAUAAAUUAUAUGAACAGUUAUGUUUUUUAUACAGCUGUGUAAGAGUUGGUUAGAUGUGGUAAAACUUUGAAUGACUCACAAAUUGUGUCUCAUUUUGAUGAAUUGCUGAAUUGUUUGAUUUUCAGUCCAUAGAAGCAAAAAUAGUUGUUUUUUUGUCAUUUCUUUAUUCAGUUUUAAUUAAUCAAAAAUCAUACAUAAUGAGUUUAUGAAACAGACAUAUGUAUAUGU